UGGCUUGACCGCAAUGCUGUGAUUCCUCUCGGCGCGGGUAUAUGUCGGGCGCCGAAGUUCUCCCGCCAUCGAGGGGAUGGUGGUGGGGGCGGCCAUCAUCUCAUCUUGACCACUUAGCCUGUAACUUUAUAUUCUGAUGCUGCAGCGUAACUCCGCUAUUCGUUGUGUUACGAUGGAAGGGCGGACCGAAGCCUUCCAUUGCUCUCACACAGCGCAUACAUAAGGUCCAAGUGCUUCUCUCCAUUGUCUUUUCUUAAUUCCUUACUUCCAUUCUUCCCGGUGCAACUGCUCAUCCAGUCCACCAAUUCACUCACAAUGGCCGCCAUAGACGUAGAAGACGUGCUCUCGAAGCUCACAAACCCCCAGAAGAUCUCUCUUCUGUCCGGUAUCGACUUUUGGCACACCCAGGCAAUCCCCGAGCACGGCAUCCCCUCCAUCCGCGUCACCGACGGCCCCAACGGCGUCCGCGGCACCCGAUUCUUCAAUGGCAUCCCUGCCGCCUGCUUCCCGUGCGGCACCGCCCUGGGCGCAACAUGGGACCCUGCACUCCUCCGCGAAGCGGGUGCAGUGAUGGGAGAGGAGUCAAAAGCCAAAGGCGCCCACGUGAUUCUGGGCCCGACUAUCAACAUCCAACGUUCACCUCUUGGUGGUCGCGGGUUCGAGAGUUUGUCUGAGGAUCCGGUGUUGGCUGGUGUGGGGGCUGCGGGCUUGGUCAAUGGAAUACAGGAUACGGGUAUUGUGGCGUGUAUCAAGCACUUCGUGUGCAACGACCAAGAGCACGAGAGGAAUGCUGUGGAUGUGAUUAUCACGAACAGGGCGAUGAGGGAGAUCUACCUGCUUGCGUUCCAGAUUGCGGUUAGGGACAGCAAGCCUGGUUCGUUCAUGACGGCCUAUAACAAGGUUAAUGGGACACACGUCAGCGAGAACCCGAAGAUACUGAAGGAUAUCUUGAGGGGAGAGUGGGCUUGGGAAGGCAUGACAAUGAGCGAUUGGUAUGGAACAUAUUCCACCUCCGAGGCGAUCAACGCCGGCUUGGAUCUCGAGAUGCCGGGACCCAGCAGGUUAAGAGGUGGGCUUCUCCAGGGAGCUCUUGCAUCGAACAAAGUCACAGAGCAUGCUAUCACCCAGCGCGCCCGUGAGGUUCUCAACCUUGUCAACCGAUGUGCUGCUUCUGGGAUCCCCGAAAAUGCAGAGGAGGGAACCCGCGAUACGCCCGAGACGGCAGCUCUGUUGAAGAAGAUUUCCGCAAACUCCAUUGUCCUGUUGAAGAACGAAGGGAACGUCUUGCCAUUGAAGAAGAACAAAUCGACUCUCAUCGUCGGCCCCAACGCUAAAAUCGCAACCUACUGCGGUGGCGGUUCCGCCUCCCUCCUUCCAUACUACGCCGUCACCCCCUACGACGGCAUCACCGCCCUCCUCGAGGAAGGCACCGAGGUCAAAUACACCGUCGGUUGCUACUCCCACCGCGAGCUCCCCCUCCUCGGCGCCCAACUCACCUCGGAAGAAGGAAAGCCAGGCAUGACCUUCCGCGCCUACAACGAGCCUUCCUCCGUCACGGACCGCCAGCCAAUCGACGAGCUGACCAUCUUGCGCACCAGCGAGUUCUUCAUCGAUUACUACAAGCCCGCGCAGGCGCUUUGGUACGGUACCUUUUCCGGUACCUACGAAGCCGAGAAGGACGGCGACUACGAGUUCGGUCUCGCCGUGUAUGGAGCUGGAAAAUUGUACGUCAACGACGAGCUUGUUGUUGAUAACGAGACCACGCAGACGCAGGGUCAGGCCUUCUUCGGCAGCGGCACCGUAGAGGAGAAGGGAACUGUCAAGCUUGUGAAGGGGGAGAAGUAUAACGUGCGCGUCGAGUUUGCCAGCGCGCCGGCUUGCAAGCUGGUCUCGGACGCCGUGGUGGUUGCGGCUGGUGGUGGUAUCAGAAUUGGAGGCGCCUGGGUUAUUGAUGCGGAGGAGGAGAUCAAGAAUGCCACUGCCCUAGCCAAGGAGGUGGACCAGGUGAUCAUCUGCGCCGGCCUUAACCUCGACUGGGAAAGCGAAGGCUACGACCGUGCCGACAUGGACCUCCCCGGCCACAUGCCCGCCCUCAUCACCGCCCUCAGCGCCGCAAACCCCAACACAGUAGUCGUCAUGCAAUCCGGCACCCCCGUCACCCUCUCCCCCUUCCUCUCCAACCUCCCCGCCCUCCUGCACGCCUGGUACGGCGGCAACGAGACCGGAAACGCCAUCGCCUCCGUCGUCUUCGGCGAGACGAACCCCUCUGCCAAGCUUCCCCUCUCCUGGCCAGUCCGCCUGGAGGAUAACCCCGCGUACCUCAACUACCGCUCUGAGCGCGGCCGCACCUUGUACGGCGAGGACGUGUAUGUCGGGUACCGCUACUACGAGGCCGCGAAGCGGGAUGUGGCCUUUGCGUUCGGACAUGGUCUGUCGUACACUACCUUCAAGUUUGGCGAGAUCAAGGUUGAGCUCGUGGAUGAGGAAUUGGUGGUUAGUCUCGAUGUUACGAAUGCAGGCGAGGUGGACGGCGCAGAGGUGGUACAGGUCUACGUGGCGCAGGACUCGCCGUCGAUUCGCCGACCUGUGAAGGAGCUUAAGGGCUUCGAGAAGGUUUUCCUCGCGGCUGGGGAGACGAAGAGGGUUGAGGUUAAGGUGCAGGUUAAGUAUGCGACGAGCUUCUGGGAUGAGGCGAGGGAGGCGUGGAUUAGUGAGAAGGGGGCGUAUAAGGUGUUUGCUAGUGAUAGCAGUCAGUUGGUUGAGGGGAGGUAUUUGGAGGGCGGCUUUGAGGUCGCGAAGACGAGCUGGUGGAAUGGGAUCUAAGUGUGGGGAUGUAUGCGUUUAUGACAGUUUUAUGAUGGAUGAGGUGGCUAGGAUGGCAGACCUCAGUAGCUAGCGACAAUAGCAAUGACAAUGAUAGAAAGCACAGAU